AUGCCACCACGUCUCAAUAAACGGCAGCUGCGUGAGCAGGAAGAACUGCUUGCACUCGGGGCAGGGCAAGAGGAAGAGACAAGUGGUGAGGAUGAACAUCCUACGGCAGGGGGCGCUGGAUUUGCUGCGUUAAUGAAUGAAGACGACUCUGAUGCGGACAAUCAGGACGGAGCAGUCUCUCGCUCCGUCAAACCCAAGAAGGCUCGUGAGCCUGUUCCUUUCGGCCGGAAAAAGAAGAAGAAGAAAACUGCGGACGUUGCCCCUCCACCUCCUUCGACUGAAGCUACCUCACCGCCUGCCAAGCGCACCGCACCCAUCGAAGCCAGAAGUGCUGCUAGUACACCAGCCGAACCCUUCAAGAAAGAAAAGAAGAAAAAGCAGAAAGCAAAGGGGAAGAAAGAUGACAGGGACGAUCUCGACAAGGCCCUCGCCGAGCUCUCGCUGAAGUAUCCUGAUCUUCAGCAAGCAGCCGCAGCUGCGAAUGCCUCUCCCGCCGCCCGCAGCGUAUCUAGCGCUCUCGCUUCACUUCUGUCCGUAUCUCUCCAGCACCUUGAUAGCGAAGCGGAGAUGCGCAAGUUUUUUGGCUCCAAAGUCAUUGCGGCAGCCAAGUCCUCUAGUGCGGGAGCGUCCAGCUCACGUCGCACCGUCGCCCAGCGAUCGAAUCUCACUCGACCUCAGCCGACGUGGUGGCCAGCACAGAUGCGGGAGGGACUUUCCGCGCGGCUGCUGAGUAACGACGAGCUCAACGAAAUGUACGCUCGACACGGGUGGGAACCCCUCGUAGGCGAACGAUUGUGGUCUGUCGAAUACAGCAAAAAGUACCGUGGGGUCACCUUGGCAUUCAUGCGGACUGUCAUGUCUGGCGACCCGGAAGGAUUCUGGCAGCUACUCAAAUUCCUGCCGUAUCAUGCCGACACGCUACUCCAGCUCUCGGAGGUGUACUUUCAUCGCGAAGAGCACAGUACGGCAGCGGAUUAUAUCGAUCGUGCGCUUUUCACAUACGAGCGGGCGUUUGUUGGCUCGUUCAAUUUCACCAACGGUGUGAACAGACUGGACUUCGAUCAAGUCCAAAACAGACCAUUCUUUCUGGCGUUACACCGGCAAGUCAGCGAUCUGCAGCGGAGGGGAUGCGUCCGGGCUGCUUUCGAGUUUGCGAGGCUGCUCUAUUCACUGGACCCGUGGACCGAUCCCCACGGCGCGUUAUUGCAUUUAGAUUAUCUCGCGAUUAAAGCCGGCAUGAGCCAGUGGCUGCUCGAUAUGUGGGACUUCUUCUCAUCAAAGGCCAAUGAUUCUAGCGGGUUUGGAGGCAGAUUACGUGUCACAGUAUUGCCUGGCUGGGUUUACGCCAGGGCGCUGGCCUUGUUCAUGCGCGAAGAAGCAAAGGGGGAUAAAGAGCAUACGAGUAGCACGAAUGCAUUACAGGACGCAAUCUUAGCCUUUCCAUCGAUUGUUCCUCUGCUUGCGGAUCGGGCAGAUAUCCCGCUUUCAAGCACCAUAAGGGGGCAUGGAGCUUUUCGCAUCCAUCCGGAUGCCAGCUCGCUGUCAACGCAAUAUACCGCUAUUCUUCACCUGUUAUCCCAUCUAUAUGCACAGCGUUCUUUCUCACUUUGGAAGAUUCCAGAGAAUUCAUCUUGGUUUGCACGUACAAUCAACGCUACCCUCCCGUCUCUCCCUCCCUCAUACGAGACCACCGCUCCUGGCUAUGUCGGUUUCGUUUCACUUUUCAGCAAGCCCGCGCUCGCCCACUCUGUAUACCGACACGCGAUCGUCCUCGAGGCAUCUUGCCGGCGGUUAUUUGGGUUCAUCCCUCGCCAUGUCACCAACGCGAAGCACCUCGCAUGCGAUCCGCUCCCGCCUCCUACACGCGUAAACGAAUAUGAUGCGGAAUUCUUCAAGGGUGCGGAAGAUGCGCUAGCAGCGCGCCCGAGGGGCCGGAAGGCGAGCGAGAGGGCGCUAGAGCAAUUGAUACCUGACCCAGUUUUCCGCAGACAGCUGCAGGCAUUCUUCGAGGCGCACCCUGAUUUUGCCCAGCGCUUUCCUGGUGGGAUCGUGCAAUUCGCUCAAAUCGCUGCACAGCUUCCCGAGGAAGUCUUGGAGGAUAUGAUGAUAGCCGAGGCGGGUGGGGGCCCUCCAGCAAGAGGCGGUAUGCCGGGAGGCAUGCCCGGCGAAGAUGAGAUGUUGAUACAAUUUAUGGAGGAAGGAGAGCAAGAACACCGUAAUGAUGUCCACCCACCUCCUCUUCUGGAUCAUGGAGGUGACGGAGGUGGUAAUAUAGACGAGGAAGAGGAAGUUGAAGAAGAAGAGGAAGGGUCUGAAGAGGAAGAUCUUGCGCCUCUCCCGGUGCGGCUGCUGCGAAACGUGAUGAGCCGGUUCUGGGGAGGCAACGUCGCGGCCGAGUCUUCGGAGGAAGAGGACGAGGAAGAUGUACAAAGACCAGGUGAAUUGCAGCAUCCUGACGAUGAAAUAGAUUAA